UAUGUCAAAUUGCUUUGUAAGAGACCACAUCCUCUUCGCGCACUUCACUGCCAAAUGUCAAAGCCGUUGCUUGGGCUGCGCCGUUUGACUUUGGUUAGAAUGUUUUUAAUUAAACUCGGACUUGGAAGCAAAAGUGGAAAGAAGAGCAAUUUUUACAUUACUCCUUCCGAACGGCGAAUAUUAAGUGUGUAAAAAGUGUACCAAUUGCAUUGUGGCGUUCAAAGCUACCGCGUGUAAUAGUUCUAAAUGCAUUGAAACCUGGAUUUUGCGCACAGUACCUACCGUUUACCACUUCGCAAACCACACACGCUAUCGGAUCCGGCUAACAUCAUGAUGGAAGCUGAAAUGGAUGAAAUCAUCGCCGGAUUGAAGAAUGCAACGUUGGAAAAAAGUUCAGAACGUGCCCUACCCCUGCUGAAGCAAAUUUCCGACGCGGAAACGAACCUCUGUGAUAAAUACGACAUUAAGAACGAUUUGCUCGAGCUGCUGCAGCUCGAUAAUGUGAGUGUGCAGAUACAGGUGGCCCGUUGCAUUGCCGAGGUGGCAAAAACCGAAAACCAGCGAACCAAGUUCACCAGGGAGGACGUUAUACGGCGGCUGACGGAAUUGCUACAAAUUCCGGCCAGCGCAAAGGAAAGCACCGCAAAAGAUGCAUCGCUCGAGCUGGCCACACAAAUUUGCCGCGCGUUGGGCAACAUUUGCUACGCAAACGAUGAUGCACGGAACAUUAUUAAGGAGCUGGGUGCGGAUAAACACAUCUUUGCGCUGCUCGAUUACGAUGUAAACACCGACGAUGAGGAUCGCGAUCAGUUCGUGCGCGUACGGUGUGGGCUUAUUUCGAACUACCUCCUGGGCAGUGACGAGAUUGCGGAACGGGCAGUCGAGCUGAAGUUGAUUGACAAGCUGGAAAAGAUACUGACCCGCUGUUUGACGGACGUUGAUCAGCAUGAGGAGCUGCUGUUAAGCAUUUUGCCCCCGCUAAGCAUCUUAACCGAGCAGAUAAGCGAUCUAUACUUUGCACCUUCGCUGAACAAAACGAUUGCAAAGAUAUUGGCCAAAUGUACCAACCCGGAUAUUGCCGAGUCGUGUCUCGCUUUGCUACACUACGAAGCACAAAACGACGAUGUGAAGCUGCUGCUCGCGGAAGAAGGUCUCUGUGAAACGAUCUACCAGUUGUUGGAAAAGUACAAAACGUUUGCCAACACGGACGAGGCGCGCGUACUGAUGAAACUGGCAUGCGAUUUAAUUGUUCUCAUACUGACGGGAGAUAAAUCGAUGCAUUAUCUCUACUCAACACCGUUACUGAAAUGCAUGGAAGAUUGGCUCGAUUCGUACGAUGUCGAGCUGCUAACUACCGGCGUGCUUGCCCUUGGCAAUUUUGCUCGAACGGACAGUCACUGUAUUCAUAUGGUGGAGAAAAAAAUAAUGCACAAACUGCUAUCAAUCUUGGCGAAAAACAAUGGAACCGAGCAUCAGAUGACGUUGCAGCACGCGCUGCUAAGUACGCUAAAGAACUUGGUAAUACCGAAACCGAACAAGGCCGCCGUUAUAGAGGCAGGUUUGGUGGACAUUAUUUUGCCAAUGCUGGAAAUACACCAAGCGCCAGUAGUGUUCAAACUGCUCGGCACAUUACGUAUGACCAUCGAUGGACAAGAAAAACUUGCAUCGGAACUAUUGCAAAACGAAAAGCUAGUCAAACAAUUAGUUCACUGGAGUCAAACGUCCGAAUUUACCGGUGUGCUCGGUGAGUCGUUACGAUUGAUGGCCUGGUUGAUUAAGCAUGCCUACCGCCAGAAGGAUCCCGAGCAGCAAACAAUGGAUGAUACCGGUUUGCGAAAAUUCGUAUCGAUCGAGGGUGCCGUCGCUAGUAUGGUCGGUAUGCUCGCCUCUACACAUCUCGUGAUGCAAAACGAAGCGCUGAUUGCGCUGAGCAUUUUGACCACAAUUUAUCACAGCAAAACAGCAACCGAAAGUAACACACUGGACGCACUGCUGAUACAGGCCAGUGUUGGGUCGAAAAUUGCCGAACAGAUUACGCUUAACGGUGAAUCGAUGACGAAAGAGUUGGUUGAGAAUCUGCAGGCGUUCGUAAAGCAGUUGCAAUCAUCGAGUGAUGCGUUGGUGGCGCAUCUACAAGAACAUAACAUAAACGAGCUGCUUAAAACCAUACCCAGUUUGGUGGAGUACUGUACGCUUUGAACGCAUCGUUGUAAAACAUCCUCCGGCAUGCAAAUGGCGGAUUUAAACAGUUUCCUUUCCAUUAACGUUCGCUUUACUUACGGCCGCAAACAACCCGCCCCAUUGAAAUGGUGGUCGUUUCAACCAGAGUAAAGUUUUGUGUUGUGAAGAAUCAGUUUCUCUUCUUUUUGGCGUAGACGGUCGACGAUCUCUAUUGAUCGUGAUUGCUAUUUCCUUUCGUACUAGAGUUAAUUUUAUCACGUCAACCGGAUAGUCCUUAUCCGCGGGGAAAACGGUCCGAAUGGGAUUCGUGUAGAAAAAACAUCCUCACUAUCGAACCGGUUCCGUGAUUUACACAUUGAAGCAAUAGCCGUUUACUUACACCAACAUACACCAAACGCGUAUGUUAAUAUAGAAUAGAUCGUUUGUUAAGAUCGGUUUUUGGGCUGAAUGCGAUCAAUUCAUCCAUUCUGUACCGUUUGUGACAAUCUGGAGAAUGGAGAAAAUUUACCUUUUUUGGGAUUGGGUAAACAUGUUUUCGUUUACUUGUAGCGUAAUGUCGCAUCGCAUUCGAUUGACCCAUCGACAUGAAAUCAAUAGAACGUCACACUGCGAACAGAAGCAUACUUUCAGUGAGUAAACUUAUAGGUAUUUGUAGCAUUUUCCUUUACUGUGCACCGUUUGCAAUAAUUGCGCGCCGCAUUAUCAAGAGCAAUUUACAGUGUAAGCUUUAAUUUACAUAAACACAGCAUAACACGGAAUAAUGUUAAGAAGGAAUAUUUUAGAAUCUUAACACGGCAUACUGGGGAAAAGAAAACACAGCAUUUUCCCCGGGGUUUACGAAAGGUGAAAAGAAUAACUUAACCAAUGAUAAAAUAAGCGUCUGCGAGAUUGUUUGCCGAAAGGAUGCAAAAGCGAUUCUUAAAAUAUGAAGGAAGGAUAAACAAAACAAUGCACAUUGAUAACAUUUUCGUACAUGUUGCAUCACGCACAGACAAGUAGGAACAGAUUGUAGAGGUUGAUACCCAAAAAAAACGCCCCGUGACACGUCGCUUAGCCGCAACAGAAGUUGUAACAUUAUUUAAGGAAACAUUACGGCAUCAAAUAUUCAUCGGAUGGAGGCGUUUUGUUUGGUAGUGUAUAAGAGAUCAUAUUUAAAGCUGGUAUUACCUCGAUCAAUCACACGUUACGCCGGAAGGUGAAACGCCGUGUGUGUAUGCACCAUCACUUAAUACCUGCUAUUUGCGGAAUGUUGAAACGCUUUGGCAAGAAAAAAAAACACACACACACAACAAAAACUUCCACCCCAAGCGAUAGGAGAAACGUAUUGAAUGCACAUAGAAUUACAAAACAUGCAAAAUGAUUGAAAAUAUGCUUAAAAAGUUGCUCUAUUCUAAUUCACCCUUCCCAUUUCCAUACUCUAUAGUAAGCGCUACCCGUUUAUACAGUCCAACACUCUUCCUUCCACCUUCAUAGAGAUAGAAGUAUAUUUUUAUGCGCCACCUUGCGUGUGCGCUUAAUAUUUAAACUAGUAAUAGUAGAGUCACUGGUCAGGCUGGAAAUGAGAAUGGCCGCUGCGCUUACAUAUUUAGCCCGUUAAAGCUAGCAGAGAUAUUAGCGUCUUACGGUUUAAGAUUAUUCUUAUAACAAAAAAAGGGGAAAAAAUAUCAACAGUAUUUUACUGCAUUGCAACACUAUCUUAACCUGACAGAAGAACGCCUCGAAACUCGAAAAGUUAAAAUGCGUAUAUGCAGAAAAUGACGAGCAUAACAAAAAAUAUAUAUAUACAUAGAUAUAUAUACAUCAUGUUUGAGUAGUUUGGUCCACCUCUUUGAUACACAGCAUACACAUUUGUUGCAAAACAAAACCAACAAAACAAUGAUUACGGAUAGAAAAUGCAAAUGGUAAGCAAUGUUUUCAAUGACUUAAGCAACGCCCAAAAUACUCCGAUUAAUAUCUAAGAUAAUGAUAACGUUUGAAGUUCGAAUGUAGUAUGAGAAAUAAAACAGAAAAAUCAAGCGACACGUUAGAAUCUACAAAACAAAACAGAACAGGAACCAAAACUGUUGAAAUGAAACUACUUCUUUCUACCUUCCGCUAAGUGUUUGUGCGUGUUAGUUUGCACAUUGAUCAAGCAUUUUCUUUCACAAUUCUCUCCUUCAGCAAACAAAAUAAUACACCGUGAACAGUGAAUUUAUUCGUUUCCGAGUUCUUCGACUUCAAAGAUGAAGUUACAAUAUAUACACACAUGAAGGUAUGUAGCGCAUUUCAGCGAUGUUAACCAUAGCGUAGCUGGCAUCAAAUAUGAAUUAUGAUUAUGGUCGUUUAGUGAUAGUGAAUGCCAGGAUACGGUUUAAAGCAUGAUAACAUCAACGAUCAAUCCCAUAGCAUAGGCCCAAUCAGUCGAACAAACAACGGGCAUCCUCAGCAGCAUUACAAGCCAGUGCAAGUGGCGUCACAUUUAAAUAGUCAGUAAACAACAGUGAUGAAAAUAGGGCAAUACGAGUGUUAAAAAAAUAAUAAUCAAACAUACAUACAAAUGCAAAACAAUUAUGUGAUGUUUCCUUUUGCACUAAAUUAAGCGAUGGCGAAAUAAGUUUGAUAAAACGAAGGAGAAAAAGAAUGAGGAGAGAGAGAGCAAGAGAUUCCGGUUUUGUUUUGUGUGUAUGUGUGUCGGUUGUCACACAUUUUUUGUAGCACUUUCCUACUUAAUGAAUAAUUUAUUUUCUAACUUUUUCGGCUUAAUAAAUUUUUUAAAAUACUACA